ACAUGUCUCUGUGUGUGUCCUUGGGAGGAUCGUCAGGAGCACCAGUCAGGUCACUUUGCCGGCUUGUGACGCAGUUCAGACACCUUUCAAAGGCGCAGCCUGAAAGUCGAUUUCAGCCUCUUCUUUGUACUAGAAGAAACAUGUCGAGCGUUCAAGUCACUAAGCCAGUCCUUUACUCGUACUGGAGGAGCUCGUGUUCGUGGAGGGUUCGCAUUGCGUUGAACCUGAAAGAGAUCGAUUAUGACAUCAAGGCUGUCAGUUUAAUAAAAAAUGGAGGCGAGCAGCACACGGCAGAAUUUCGUGAGAUGAACCCCAUGUCACAAUUGCCGGCUUUUGUUGUUGAUGGAAACACCUAUACAGAAUCUCUUGCAAUUUUAGAAUACUUGGAAGCAACGCAUCCUGACAUUCCCCUACUGCCAGGAGACGUGCACAAGAGGACAAAGGUUCGUGAGCUUUGCCAAAUGAUAGCUUCUGGAAUCCAGCCUUUGCAAAAUCUAGCCGUUCUCAUCCAUGUAGGCGACGAGAAGAAAAAAGAGUGGGCUUGCCAUUGGAUCACUCGAGGAUUUAAUGCUCUUGAGAAAACGCUUGAGACCACUGCUGGCAAAUAUUGCGUGGGGGAUGAAAUCACCAUGGCAGACUGCUGUCUCGUGCCUCAACUCUACAAUGCUCGCAGAUUCCAAUUGGACUUACAACCUUAUCCAAACAUCGUGCGCAUUGAUCAAGAGUUGGAGAACCAUCCUGCGUUUAAAGCCGCUCACCCCAACAGCCAGCCUGACUGCCCCCCUGAAGCCAAGUGAAUGACAGAGUGGUGAGAAAGGAAAAUCAAAUUAUUUUUUAUACAAGACAAGUGGUUGGGGUGGGUUGAGGUGGUGUGAUAAAGUCUAAUUUGUGAUUAUCAAAACUCAUUUUUACUGUGCCAAAAUAAAGUAUAAGUUAAUUUUAA